CUCAUGACAACAUAUUUUGAAAUUUUGUUUUUUUGUUUUACUAUUUUUUUUUUUUUUACAAAUGCAAAAUAUGAAUCGAAAACAGAAAACUUUGUGUGGAAUUGAAAACUAAUUAAUUGAUUUAAUGAUUACACAACACUUUGAACAUGUUCACAUUGGAUCCAUGAAAAAAGGUACAUAACAAAAAACAAGUCUUUUAGUUUCCAAAUGGCUGUGUGCCAUGAAACACACAAGUUUUUUUUUUACUCCUUGAAAAUUCAUCGAGAAUAAUCAUCGAAUAAUAAAUUACAAAAAUUUAAAAAUAAAUGACAAUUUUAAUUGUAUUGUGAUCGAUGAAUCAAUUAAUCGAGUGAUUAAUAGAACCCAACAAUAUGCUUUUCAUCGUUUCUUUUAGUACAGGCAAAUAUAUAUUAUAUCAAUUUAUUUUCAUAAUAAAAAUCACCAAGGACAACACUUCUUUGGAAUUUUUGUCAAGUUUUUGUGACUGUGUGUUGUGUUGAAUAUGAAUCAAACUUUUAUAACAUAACAUUUAUUUUGUGGUUGGCAACCUAUAACAAAACAACAUGAAUGUCAAAUUAUUCCGACGAUCCGAUCAGAAAGCAGAAAUUAAAUUUUUCUUCCGCCAUGGUUUUGAAAUAAUUAAAUUUUAUAAUUUACGAAUCAAUUAUGAUCUGUUUGAUUAUCAACAACGAAAAAUUUCAUGGACAUAUUCAACGAUCAAACCAGCCAUUUGGAUCACAUUGAAUGGAUGGAUUUCCAUCGUUUAUCUUUCCUGUUUGAUUAUUUGGCCACACAAUGAUUACGUGAUGAGUAUAGAUACAUUCGACAAAAUUAUCGGAUCCCAGAGAAACGAUUUCAUAGUAAUCGAAAUGAUCAUUGUAUUUAUUCUACAUGACUAUUUAUGGUAUCAUUUUUUGCUCGAGGUUAUACACUACAAAUCAUCGAUGAAUGAUUUUUUCAUCAAUAACUGGCAAUAUGACGAUCAACAAUUGGCACCGCAACACCGAAAUUAUCUAAUUCAAUUCUUUCGAAACUCACAGUUUAUGGCAGACAUUUCUCUUCGAUGUUUUAUCAUUGGAUUGUUGGCUAUUCAAUUCAUUUUCAGCUAUUUUUUUGAUCUCUUUGAAUGCCAUCAGAUUAAUUUGACUCAAUUGAUAUUGUCAUCAACAUUGUUUUUCUCAUACAUUAUUCAAUGCAUCUAUUUGAUUAGCGAUGCAUUCAUGUCCAUAAGUUUCACUGUAUUUAUCAUGGAAUUCUUUAUUGUCCGGCUUAAACAAUUAUCCAGCAAAUCGGCUUUAUUAUUACAAAAUCCACGAAAAUUGUUUUGGUAUAAAUUUCAUUUCGAAUAUGUAGCUCUUUACAGCGAAACAGCCAAAAUCAAUUCAACAGCGCGAAGUAUUUUAUUCUUUAUUGAAUUAUUGUCCAAAUCUUCUGUGGUAAUUUGUUUAUUAUUCAUUUCAACAAACCAAGAUGAAUGCACAGAAUACAAUUGUCGCAUUGGCAUUCAUGUCAACAUUUUCUCUAGUGAACAUCCUCUAUUUCCGUGUAGCUCAUAUGCCAUCAUAUAAUCGAAUUUGUUGGCAAUCGAUUCAUCGUUGGAUUGCUCGAUCACAAUGGUUGAGAAUGCAACGGAAUAAAAUCCAAAAUAGAU